CUACUUUUUCUUCGGCAUACUAGUGUUUCGGGUAAUUUCAGUAGAAGAAGACGGAUGAGGAAGAAGAAGACAACAACAACGACAUGGCUGCAACUGCUACUGAUUCCGAAUCCGAGGUAUUCGAGAUCACCGAUUUCACCACAGCGUCAGAGUGGGAAAGGUUUGUGUCAAGGGUUGAGGAGGUGCUAAAUGAAUGGAAGCUAACUGGAAACUCUACAAGGAGGUUAUCCAGAGAAAAGGGUGACUACACAAGUGGCACCUGGGUUGAGCAAUCUCAGGAAAUAAAUUUUGUAGAUUUUAAAUUCGCCAUCACUCACUACGCCCUGGCACAAGAGACGAACGACAAUGCAAAUGAUGACCUGGAGGAAGAUGACUUUCCCAUUGCAAUGCAGGACCUUCUGUGCACAAACAAUGACUUCCCCCCCAGAGCCCACUGCUUGGUCAGAUGGUACGGUAUUCGAGAGUUUGUGGUCAUUUCUCCUGGAACCAACGUCGAGGCUAUCAUCAGCGAGUCAAAAUGCAAUUUGCUUCUAAGCUCCAUCUCAGUUUCUUUGGUCAACAGUGGCUGCCAAGUUCCCAUGUUUGUGCAGAUUCAGCAAAAGUGGAGGCGACUGUACGCAGGUGAAUGCCAGGGACAGAGUGUCCGCACUGAAUUUGAGAUGGUACACCUUCGCAAGGUACCAAGUCAGUACAACCACCUGUCUGGCCUGCUGGACAUCUUCAAAUCAAAAUCAGGUUAUACCAUGUACCCUUUACCUCCAAUCAACAUUGCAAUCCGUUUUACCUACAUUCUUCAGGACUGGCAACAGUAUUCAUGGCCACUCCAGCCUCCAGACUUUGAUAACCUUCUUAAAGGUGAGGUGGGAGUGGAGGAGUUUGGAAAGCUUCCAUUUGGAGCAUGUGAGGAAACAAUAAGUGAGCUUCAACUUUCAACUACUUGGCCUGACUUGACAGAGGGCACAGUCUUGGACAAUGAUGUCUACAGUGACCUUGACCCCCUACAUGCGCCUCACUGGUCAGUCCGAGCCAGGGCAGUUGAAAAUCCUCAGUGUUUACUUGGCGACUUGCUGACAGAGUUCUUUAAGCUAUGUGGGAGGAAGGAAACAACAGAAGAGGUUCUUGGAAGAGGAUCGGCUGAAGAUGAGGGAAAAGAUGGUGAUAUUAGCGCUGCUUUAUCAAAACUGACAGAACCCGCAGCCUCAGUGCCAAUCUCCAAACUGUCGGUGUCCAACAUGAUGCACAAUGCUCGAAGGCACAUUCAACGUCAUAGGCUGACUGAUGAGUCCCCACUUAGCGCUGAUAUUCUUAACUCUAUUCUUCAGUAUCUUUUUACAGAUUCUGUUGUGGAUAAAAGUACACAACCAGAUUGCAGCCGAAAGGCCUGGAAAGAUGAAAAUACAGACGACCUAUAUAUUCAGCUGAAGUCGGCACCACCUGAAAGUCUGACCUAUCGCCUGGCACUGUGUGUGUGUCUAGUCAACUUCUACCAUGGUGGGCUACGCUCUGUAGCCUACCUCUGGCAGGAGUUUGUCUUAGAGUUGCGAGACCGCUGGGAAAACAAUGACCAAAUCAAUGGAUUGCCAGAAGAACCACCCGAUCUUCGCUGUUGCCUCUUGCACCAGAAGUUUCAGAUGCUGAAUUGCUGCAUCAAGCGGAGGCAAGCCAGAGAUAACCUUCGCAAGGCUCCUGAGGGAAGCAAAGGAAGAGAUCACCACAACCUCCGCCAAUCAGAGAUCAAAGCAACAACUUCACCCGGUGAAACGACUACUUUGUCAACUGGCAAAUCCUGGGAUUCUUGGAGUGACAGUGAAGAAGAGUUUUUUGAAUGUUUGAGCGAUCAAGGGGAGAAUGAGUCGCCGCAUAUUCGGAGUGACAAACAUGGCAGUAAAACUCGAGCAGAGGGCAGAAUGCACCCCUACAACAACAUGAGCCUGAUUAACUCUUCAGAGCUUCUCUUCAUUCCUGUGACACAAGAACCUGCUCCCAUGACCGAGGAUUUACUAGAGGAACAGUCAGAAAUCCUUGCAAAGCUGGGGACAUCUGCCGAAGGUGCCCAACUCCGUGCACGGAUGCAGAGUGCCUGUCUACUCUCUGACAUGGAAUCUUUUAAGGCAGCCAACCCAGGUUCCGUUCUUGACGACUUUGUGCGCUGGUACUCACCCAGGGAUUUUUUGGAGGAGGAAGUGGUCAAUGAGAAAGGUGAAACUGUCUUGAAAGGUGAGCUUAGUGCAAGGAUGAAGAUUCCAGGCAACAUGUGGGUUGAGACGUGGGAGACUGCCAGGGCUGUACCUGCUAACCGCCAGAAAAGGCUUUUUGACGACACCAAGGAAGCAGAAAAGGUUUUGCAUUACUUGGAAAUGCAGAAACCCGCAGACCUGACUUGCCAUCUCUUGCCCUGCAUAAUACAUGCUGCAAUUCUGAAGUUGAAGGAGGAAGCUUUGAUGGACAACAUUCCAUCAGUCCAAAAAAACACCCAGAAAGCUACAAUCCACGCAAGCAAGCUGCUGCAACAAUCCAAUCCGGACUGUAAUAAUUUAAAGGAUUGCCUUGACUUUUUGAUUGCCAUGGAGAUGGUCAUCGCCCAGUUUCGAUCUCUCAAACAAAAGUUUGCCAUUGAUGAGGCUGACAAAGGCCAGGACAAAGAGGAACUGAAAAAUUUUGUCAACUCUCUGCUAGAAGAGCCAGAGGUUGUUGUAAGUGGAGCUGGUCAAGGCAAGAUUGGCAGCAUCAUACACAGGCUGUUUGCCGUUGCUCAGGAGACUGCCCUCCUGGAUAAAGAUACUGGGCUGGAAAGCGAAGAAGAAAGGAAGCUGAUUGAAGGAGGGAGUAAAUCUCACGACUUCCCUUUCCCAGCAGGCCGGGAGAUUUUGUUGCGUACAUGUGUCCCUCGCCCAGCCCCAUAUUCCAAGGCUCUUCCCCAGCGGCUUUUCUGUGUAUUAACGGUGGAGGAAUUCAGACUUGUGGGGGCCUUUUCUUCUGACACGUCUUUCUUUUAAUUCCUAACACCGCAAAGUAUUGCAAAACCUUGGUUCAUUGGUUAACGGUUGUAACCAAUGGUUACAACAAAAAAGUUCUCACCACUAAGCAAUGAUAUAAAGUUGUAUACUUUGUAUAAAGUAAACACACAUGGAAUCGGAGUCACAGUGCGGCCUUUAGCCUAGUCGUCAGACUAGUGCUAGCAGCCUAGAGAAGCCCAGUCUUGAUAAUCCAGAUCGCUUACCUGUAGUAACGAUGUAUCAUAUACCAUCAUAUAUUUUCACUUUGUUACAUGGUUUGUGUGGCAAAUCUCAAAAAACAUCAUCUGUGAAGCAUAACCACAUUUUGCAAGGUUGUAAUAGUACUACAUAUAUGCUAAACAUAUAUAAAUUAUUGCUAUUUUCAGAUUAAAACUUUUUUUUGACCAAAAAGCCACAAAUUUGCAGGGCACCAAUGAUGAAUGUGCAAGGAUCCAUUGUACUUUACAUUCAGUAUUGCAUUAAAAGUUGGGUAGCAUUGGGGACCAAGAAAGACAUCAGCACAAAUCCUUCAUAGAUUGAUCAUUUUGCACCAGAAGCAUAAAAAGUAGCUUUGUUGCUGAUUGUUUCUAAGUACAUGAUGUCAUCAUUUGAACAAUUUGACCCAUGCAGGUUAAGCAACUCCUGCUUGAAUAAAACCAUCCUGUCCUACCUAUUUAGUAACCUCCUAAUGUCCAUUGCAGUAUAACCAACAUGGUCGUCACAUUCAAGUCUCUCUGAGCUGAUAACUAAUAGGUGCGAGAACAAUGUGGGCACAAGUCAGUUCGCUUUCAGCUUUGUAAAGAGCUCAAACAGUCAAAUUGAAAUAAAUUAAGUCAUUAGAA